AUGUCCGACGAUGACUACCAAAUAUCGCCCUUCAUAACGGCCCUGACGGAGCUGAUCGCCAUUGCCACGGACAUCAUCGACAUGGACCUCGCCACCUUGAUGAUUCCCGGCACAUGCAAGGACGUAUACGACCGCAUCCACACUCUGCGGAGUCUGUGGGACGCCAACCCGGAGUGGGAUUGCAAAAAGUACAUCAUUCGGCUGCUUAUCGUCUUUGCCAGCGUCGCUCGGCUGGUUGAGCACUUUGAAGAAGACGGCAAGGUCAUCGGAUACGUGACUCGCGCUAGCCAGACUGAACGCGGCCCAUCCUCGGACAAGUACACCUCCCGAGGCGAUCGCGCUGGAUAUCGAGCCAAGCCUGCGCGUGACGUCGGCAUGGGCUUUGAAACCAGCGACGGCGAUGAAACAGACAUGACCAACACCGAUACGGACAAUGCUCUGUUUGAAGAUACAGGGCGAUUCCCGGAUGGAUCGCGACCGCGGCGGGUCCACAAUCAGCGCUCUCAGAUGUCGCUCAUGUCCACUGUCAAGCCCGAGGAGCUGAGCUUGAUGGAGCUGCGAGAUGCCGCAAACGAAUCGCAGAGCCUGAACGUUCUGAUGGAAGUCGGCAUCGAUGGCGUCGUCACCUACAUCAGCCCGGUGUGCAAGCUUGUGUUUGAAUACGAGAUUACAGAGAUUGUCGGCGUCGAGCGCAUCCCGUUCCUCCUGGACGACGACAAAAGCAUUCUCCUGGACGCCACCGUGAGUCUCUCGCUGGGAGACCAAUCCGACGCGAGCGAAAUCCAGUUCAAGGCGCGGCGCGCGGACGGCCGCAUGCUGCAGAUGGAAGGCAAGGGCAUGAUUCUCUACGAGCGCGGCACCGAUCUCAAGAAAAGUGCCAUUUGGAUCGUGCGCCCGACCGGUCUGCUCGGCGACGAAUGGAACGACAUCCACUCAUCCGACAGCGAGGACUAUGACAAUUACAUUCCCUAUGACACCGACUCGGACUAUGCCGAGUCAGCCCCCGAGGCCGAAAGCCCCAAGGCUGUGGUGUCGCCCAAGCCGGCCGAUUUGCCCGACUCCUCCCUCCUCGUGCUGUGUCAUAUCUGCGAGCGGUCCGUGCCUGCACCCCUGUUCGAAGAGCAUACCUCGAUUUGCUCGGAGGUCCACCGCGUCGAGAUGGACACUGUUCUCCUGAACGACCAGAUCAAGGACCUCAAGAGCGAAUGUGCCAACCAGAAGAAGGCUCUCCUAUCCGAAAAGGAAAAGGCUCAAGCCGACCUCGCCGAGCUCGAAAAGACAAGCCCCCGCCGCAGCGUCCUCGAGAGGAGCGACCAUUACUCGUACAUUUCGUUCCUGUUCCGCCUGAUCCAGCACUUGACCGAUAUGACGGAUGCCAUCGAGCGCUCUCUCAGCGUGCCGAUGCCGAACGCGCUUGAUCCUGCCGAACCCUCGCCACCACUGCCGACCGAGGCGGACGCUACCGAGACACAGGCUAAUGAGCCGGAGAACGCCAAUUCCGGCGCUGCUGCUGUUAACGCCCGCAGACAGAGCGUCGAGGUCCUGACGACCCGCAAGCGCGACAACAUCGAGAAGAUGAAGUCGGACUCGGCUCGGUAUCGCGAGUCGGUCGAACGCGAGGAACAGAUGAAGUUUGAGCUGGGCGUGGAGGCGGGUGCCCUCAAGGAUGCCUGGGAACUUGCCUCGGGCCAAGACGACGACCUUGCCCAGGACGAUGAGGCCGACUCUGCUCUGGCCCACCAGACUGCUUCAAAGGCUGGUUUGCUGCCGGCUGUGGAUCCGACCUCAACUUUGGCAAACCCCGUCCCGAUUGCAAUCACAGCCCCGGUAGUCACCCCGGCCCCCACAGUACUACCUGCCCUACCCCUGGCUCCAGUUCCAGCCGCGGGCUCGGCUCUUGCCUUGGCCGCGUCGACUAGCUCGACCAAGAUUCACCCCCCAGGCUUGAGCUCCGUGGCUGAGACAGCUACGACUCUGCCCCCACUAUCAUCAUCCAUUCCGUUCCCGAUUUCCAUCACAGCAUCCGCCGCCGCCGUCUCCACAAGCAAACCCCCUGCCCCCCACAACACCACGCCUACAGUAACAGCCGCAGAGGGUGAUAUUGCACAGUCGGGACUCUCUGGCGCCGACAAGUCCGCCAACCCUCCGACCGAGCACGCCCCAGAAAACACACCAAGAUCGCUCGGCCGACGAAAGACCAAGCCGGCAGAGGAGACCCACGAGCGCAUCGAAGCCACAAAGCUGCUCGCUGCCUUUCUUGGAUCGAGCAGCUCGCUCAACAUCCCCCGGAGCGACCACAGCUCCCCGACUCGAGAUAUGCUCGACUCUGCCCUUCCUUCACCAUCGGCGGCGCUUCUCGGCACCUCCUUUGGAAGCACCUCGUCCAUCCCAACACAGCGGAGUGUGCCCAGCAUCAAGGACUAUGAGAUCGUCAAGCCCAUCUCCAAAGGAGCCUUUGGAUCUGUGUAUCUGGCGCGCAAGAAGAUCACGGGCGACUACUAUGCAAUCAAGGUGCUGAAAAAGGCCGAUAUGAUUGCCAAGAACCAGGUUAUGAAUAUCAAGGCUGAGCGAAUGAUCCUUACCCAACUCGAUAGUCCGUAUGUAGUCAAGCUUUACUACAGCUUCCAGAGCAAAGAUAACCUAUAUCUUGUAAUGGAGUAUCUCAACGGCGGCGAUCUGGCGGCCCUCAUCAAGAACUCGGGCUCUCUGGACGAGAAGUGGGCCAAGCAGUACAUUGCCGAGGUCGUGCUUGGCCUGGAGUUUCUGCACUCGCGCGGCAUUGUCCAUCGCGAUCUCAAGCCCGACAAUCUUCUGAUCGAUCAAAGCGGCCAUGUCAAGCUGACCGAUUUUGGUCUUUCCCGAGUCGGUUUCCUCGGACGGCGCGCUCGAGGCGUCUGCGACAAUGUCUGGAACUCGUCGUCGCCCGCGAUGGACCGCACGCUUUCAAGCAACAGCCUCGGACCCGCCGCAUUCAUGUCGCCUGUGCUGUCUCCAGCCAAGCUGCCAAUCUCGAUGUCAUCGACGCCCGUCACGCAGCUCAUGCAACCGGCUCAGUCAAUGCUCUCGUCCGUCAUCGCGCAGCCGCAGAUGUCGGCCAGUCCGCUCAAGGCAGCGGACUAUCUCCUCAACUCCCCAGCCAACUCAUACAUGAAGGCCCACAGCCGACGGUCGUCUGUGGCUUCAACAAUUCGCCUGGCGGAGCAGCCGGAUGACCCCAAAGACAAGCGCUUUGUCGGAACGCCUGACUAUUUGGCGCCAGAGAGCAUUCUUGGUCUCGGACAAGAUGCCUCGGUCGACUGGUGGGCACUCGGUGUUAUUCUCUACGAAUUCCUGUUUGGGCUUCCGCCGUUCCACGCGCCAUCUCCGACCGAGGUGUUCGCCAAUAUUCUUGCACGCUCGAUCGACUGGAUGGAAGACUCGGUCGACAUCUCUCCCGAAGCGCGCGAUCUGAUGGAGCGGCUGAUGUGCACGGAGAUUGAGUCCCGUCUCGGCACCCACGGCUCGCAAGAGGUCCGAGCGCAUCCGUGGUUCCAUGACAUCGAUUGGGAGAAGCUCGAGCACGCCGAGGCCAACUUUGUGCCGAAGCCUUCCAACCCCGAAGACACGGACUACUUUGACGAUCGUGGUGCCGGCACCAAGAAGCCAAGCGAUGUGGACGCCGAGGACCAAGCCAAGCCCGGAGUAGGCCCAGCAGAGGAGCGCGUCGAUCUGGAGCUGACCGAGAGGGUGAUUCCCAAGGAUGAAGAGACGACACAAGACGACGCCCCUGGCGAGGAGAAGCCCGACUUUGGCGAGUUUGUCUACAAGAACCUGCCGCUGCUCGAGAAAGCCAACAGCGAUCUGGUCAAGAAGAUCCGGUCAGACAUGGAGAUCAAGACGGAACGUGCUCGCACAAAGUCGCUUUCUGGCGCCUCGAAUCUGCCGAGCCGCCUCACGCUUCCGCGGGCCUCCCCUCUCGAGCCUGUGGCCCGUCUGCCGCCCCGAGCCGAUUCCAAGGAGGGGCUUGAGCCCGAAACAUCUGUGAAAGCACCGUCGUCGCCCAAAAUGGAGCUGCUCGAUGCCACGGUCCAUGGGAGCACCUCGGAUCUCUUUGGAAACGGAGCCGUCGGCACUCCGCUGAAGGUCAAGCAGCGGCUUAUGGAGCAGCCCCGACGCAACUCCCUGCCGUCCAGACUGAGGACACAGUCGCUUGGGUCAGCCAGCGGCGCACCUUCGAACCUGGGCAGCAUGUCCGACAUGGAGAGCGGCGUUGCGAGCUCGGCGACUUUCCAGUCCGGAGGCUCGAGCACCCGCGCCUCGCUGACUUCGCAGAACAGUGGAUUGCUCCCUGCCCGCGGGUUCGAUGCGCUGGUCGUCGACGACAACCCCGUGAGCUGCAAGAUCCUGGAAGGACUCCUCUCCAAGUUUAAUGGCCGCUGCGUGAUGGUCUACAACGGCGAGGAGGCGCUCCGGUGUGUGAUGGGCGACGUCAGAUUCGACAUCAUCUUCAUGGACAUCGAAAUGCCAAUCGUGGACGGAGAGCUUGCUGCCCGCAUGAUCAAAACCACCAACAACGUCAACCAGUCCACUCCCGUCGUCGGGGUUACUUCGGGCAACGUGAGCACCGCCGCCUCCCAGAACUUUGACUUUUGCAUCUCCAAACCCGUGACGAAGGAAAGUCUGCUGAAUGUUCUCGGCUCGCUGUUGAGCGAGCGAGACAGCACAAACUCGUUGUAG